AUGUCCUUCGGGGUUUCGGUUGGCGACUUUUUGACGGUCGGCCAGUUAACUGUCAACAUAGUGGCCAGCCUGAAAGAGUCUGGCGGCGCAAAGACUGAAUACCAAGACCUUAUCCGGGAGCUUGAGUCAUUUCACUAUGCCCUUCAGCAUCUUGACAAGCUACAAUCCAAGGCGGGAUCCUCAUCUAGUCUUGAUUCGAUUAAGUAUGCAGCUCUGAGCUGUCGUCGUCCACUGGAACAAUUCCUCGGCAAAAUACAAAGAUACAACCAAUCGCUUGAUGUAUGGGCGAAGAAUGACUGGGCGAAGAAUGACACGAAUGCGAUCAAGGGGACGCUGGAUAAAGUCCGGUGGGCCUUUGGACAGAAGGACGAGAUACAGAAACUUCAGAGUUACAUGAGUGUGCAUAUCGCAACAAUCAAUAUGCUCUUAGCUGAGUAUGGGUUGGAAAAGAUAAAUCUCGUAUCUGAUCAAGCUGAAGCAGCCCAGCAAGGUAUUGAAAGGCGGCUUGAAGAUAAUCGAGGGUUUCUGGAACAAAUCAGUGAGAGCGGCUCCGCUCAGCUUCUGGUAGUGCAAAAAGUGAACUCAAUGACAAGAAAGCUUUUCCAGAUGGUGAAUGGAGAACUGAAAGCGUCUUGGAGAUCCUUGAGUGAAAUGGUUACAAAGGUGUGGUAA